AUGGCUCUUCUUUAUCCCCAUAUGGAUUUAAGACCCCUGGAUCCUUUUAAGCAAGGAUCCUCCCUUGGGAAUCCAACAUUCAUAAUUGCAUCUACGGGUAUCAAGGAUCCUCCCUUGGGGGAUCCAACAUGCAUAAUUGCCUCUAUAAGCUGCAAGGAUCCUCCCUUGGGGGAUCCAACAUAUAUAAUUGCCUCCGUGGGCGAUAAGGAUCCUCCCUUGGGGGAUCCAGCAUAUAUAAAUGCCUUUAUGGGUGGCAAAGAUCCUCCCUUAGGGGAUCUAGCAUAUAUAAUUGUCUCUAUGGGCAGCAAGGAUUCUCCCUCGAGGGAUCCGGCUUACAUAAUUGCCUCUAUGGGCGGCAAGCAUCCUACCUUGGGGGAUCCAUCAUAUAUAAUUGUCUCCAUGGGCGGAAAGGAUCCUCUCUUGGGGGAUCUAUCAUAUAUAAUUGUCUCCAUGGGCGGCAAGGAUCCUCCCUUGGGGGAUCCAGCAUAUCUAAUUGUCUCCAUGGGCGGAAAGGAUCCUCCCUUGGGGGAUCCAACAUAUCUAAUUGUCUCCAUGGGCGGAAAGGAUCCUCCCUUGGGGGAUCUAGCAUAUCUAAUUACCUCUAUUGAGAGGCUUUCUUGUGAGUCUGGAUUUUCUAAAUAA